AUGGGUGAUGUGUACGAAAACGGUACUGGAGACGAGGAAGCAGGCGCAACUGCCGCGCACCGGAAUGAGGAGAUAAACGCUACCGGCAACAGAGAUAGCUACGUACCCUUUGACCCGCUCAAGUCCCAUGUAGACGAUGAGUUCGCCGAGUUUAGCACGGAUGCAGGCCAAGGCUCCUUCUUUGAAGGACAAAGAAUGGAAUCAAAAAGCGUCGAGGUUUCGCUUAUUCAGCAGCAUACCUUCUCGAUGAACUGGCACGACUUGUGCUUGUCGGUACGACUCAAAACAGGUGGCCCGUUUAAACGCUCGAAGGAGACUGUGGUAAAGCCCAUUCUCAAAGGCAUAACUGGUUACGCGCGGCCGGGUCAAGUGCUCGCCAUUAUGGGGGGUAGUGGCGCGGGUAAGACUGCCCUCUUGUCGAUGCUUGGAGGUCGAAUUCCUGUUGGUGAGUACGAAAUUAGCGGUGAGCUACGUAUCAACGGGCACGAACGCGACGUCAACAUGUUCCGCCGGUACACGGGAUUUGUCGAGCAGGACGCUCGCGUGUUUGCUGACCUCACCGUACGUGAACAGAUCGAGUUUAGUGCGCAGUGUCGUUUGCCCGCCUCGAUGCCCAUCGAGAAGAAGAUGCGGCGCGUGGAGCAGGUGAUCACGGAGCUGGGCCUUGCAAACGCCACCAAUACUUUAAUCGGGAACGCUGUACAGCGAGGUGUCAGUGGCGGUGAACGCAAGCGCGUGAACAUCGGUAUAGAAUUGGUGACGAACCCGCCACUACUGCUCCUGGAUGAGCCGACCACCGGCCUGGACUCGUUCCAGGCACAGGCGGUGAUGCUCACGAUGUUGCGGCUAGCGAGACGCGGGCGUACGAUCAUUGCAACCAUUCAUCAACCACGUUCGCAGAUUUUCCAGAUGUUUGAUUACCUGUUGCUGCUAAGCGAGGGUCAUCAAAUCUACUUUGGUCCGGCGAAAGAUAUGGUGCCGUAUUUCGCGGCGCUCAAGUAUCCAUGUCCGGCCUACUUUAACCCAGCGGAUUUUGCACUGGAUUUGAUCUCUCUGAAUGCGCGCUCCAAGACACUGGAGAAGCAGACACGGGCACGAAUCAGUUACCUAGCCAAUCGCUUUCUCGAACACAAGUCGGAGGCCUCGCUGCCGCUGGAUGAUCCGUUGGGCGCCAUCGGUGACCUGCAUACCAAAGUAACGCGUAAGGGCGUGUCGCUCUUCUCGUCCCAAGGCGAACCGAACUACGCUGAACCGUGGCCGGUACAGUUUGGGCUCCUGGUGAAGCGCUCCUUCAAACUCAUGGUGCGCGAAAAGGGCACGAACUUUGCGCGCUUCUUUCAGACGAUCAUCUUUUCAGUCGUUUUGGGUUUGAUCUGGUUGAACACUGGACGCAAUUCCUCUGACUUGAACGCUGUACCCGGCGUUCUUUUCUUCCUGCUUAUCAAUCAGGCUUUCGGUGCGUCUUUCGGCGUUGUUUUCUUGUUCCCGCUUGAGCGGGGUAUUGUCUUGCGAGAGCGCUUAUCGCGUUUCUAUCGCGUAAGUGCUUACUUCCUCGCCAAGAGCGUCGCCGAGCUUCCCCGAUUGGUGGUGCUCGCUAUUCUCUUCGCUUGCAUCACGUACUGGAUGGUAGGCUUGCAACCGCAUCCGUCCUCUUUUUUCAUCUUCGUGGUGCUUGUGCUGUUGACGGCCCAUACCGCGGAAUCACUGACCCUUAUGGCUAGCGCCUCAGCGAGUAGCCCGCAAACAGCAGCGGCAAUCGCUCCGGUACUGAUCGUGCUGUCGCUGCUUUUCGGCGGCUUCUUUAUCGGCCCUGAUGUGAUUCCCGUGUGGUUGCGAUGGCUUCGCUUUGUGUCGUUUAUCUACUAUGGAUUCGCGGCUGUCAUGGACAAUGAAUUCGGGUACAUUCCGCGUUCGAAUACCAAUAAUCCACUGGUCACGUACAACAUCAAUUCAUUUGGUAUCGGCGGAAACAUCGGUUUUCUAAUCAUGCUUGAUGUAGCGUAUCGUGCAAUUGCCUUUGUGUUCCUGCUCUAUAACAAGCCGCGACUCCAGAAAAGCAUCUGA